UUUAUUCCAAAGAAUCCAAACAGAGUGGAACUGUGGAAGGUUGUUCUUCGAAAGCCCUUGGGGAAGGCAGAGAACAUGGAAGAGAAAUCAUGCCAUCCUGUCCCCCGUGAAAAUGGAAACUUUGAAGUAGCAAGAUCACUGAGAGAGAUUCCACCAUCUCACUACACUUUUAAGAUCAAGUCAUUCUCAUUACUCUCACAGCUGUUGCUAGAUGCUAAACAGAAGAAUUUUGAAUCAUCUGUUUUUGAAGCUAGUGGCUACAAAUGGAAGUUGUCUCUCUACCCACAUGGUGAUAAAGAAAGAAAUGGGGAAGGGCACAUCUCUCUGUACUUGGUAAUCGCAGAUAGAGAUAAUUUACCUCUUGGUUGGGAGGUCAAUGUGAACUUCAAAUUGUUUGUGUUUGAUCAAAUCCAAGACAAGUAUGUGACUGUUCAAGACGCUAAUGGGAAGGUAAGGCGUUUUCACAAGAUGAAGACUGAGUGGGGUUUCGCACAAUUACUCCCACUCGGUACUUUCAGUGAUGCUGCUAAUGGAUACCUGAUCAAUGACACGUGCGUGUUCGGAGUAGAAAUAUUUGUUGUAAGUUACAAUGGCAGAGGAGAAUGUCUAAACCUACUGGAGGGACUUGACACUACCUAUACCUGGAAGAUUGAUAAUUUUUCGUCUUUACAAGGUGAAACUCAGUACUCUGAUGUCUUUACGAUGGGAAAAAGGAACUGGACGUUAAUGCUCUAUCCCAAAGGAGAUUCAAUAGGAAAGGGCAAAAGCAUGUCCCUCUUUAUACAGUUGGAUGAUUCUAAUACCUUUCCUUCUUGUCAGAAAACAUGUGCAACAUACAAGCUAUGCAUAAUGAACCAAUACCAUGAAGACCAGCAUGUAGAAUUUACAGGUACUAACUGUUUCUCUGCUCCAAGCUACGGCUGGGGUAGGUCUUCAAUGCUGUCGCUGACUGAUCUCCAUGAUGCUUCUAAGGGCUUCCUUGUGAACAAUAGUUUAAUUAUAGAAGCCAAUGUCAGUGCUAUAUCCACGGUGAAGAAUUUUUCAAAGUAGCAGGGUAUAGAGAUCUUCAUCCUUCUUACAGCACCAUCGCUUUUUGAUAUUUUUGUAUCUUUACUCAAUCCUUCAGAACAAACACGUCCAUGGAGCUUCCAUUUUGUCGUGGUUUUGGUGCGAAGUUCAGGAUUCCUCUCUGGAUUUGUGUUUUUUUUAUUUUUAUCUUGUCUAGUAGUCCUCACAUAUGAUAGCAUGACGAGCAUUAGGCUUUUAACAGUACGGUAUGACCUACGAUGGACUUCAUCUCUAUGUAAUUAUUGUCUCGUUCGAAUGGAAUUCUUCCUUUUGGGUU